AUGCUCCAGUUCGGGCCCCACAGCGCUGUUGGACGCACGGUUAGCCGCAGGACAAGCACGGCCAGCGGGCACCCUUUUGCCGCGUCCUACGCCCUGAUGUUACUCCUGCUGGGAUCAUGCAUGGCGCCGGGCGCCUCGCAGCGCGGCGGCCUCAACUGCAGCGACCCCUCCGUGGCGCCCUGGCUCACAAUCUGUCAGGCCGACUUACCCCCCUCGCAGCGGUGGAUCUACGGCGAUGCCGGCGAGUUUCUCGAGAUCAACGGCCACCGCAUGCACUAUGUCGACAUCGGCGGGCAGGGCCACCCGGUGCCCGCCCCCGUCUUCGUGCUGCUCCACGGCCAGCCCACCUGGGGCUACCUGUGGCGCAACGUGGCCAAGCGUCUGGCGGGAUGCAACGCCUCAGAUUUCCCGCAGUUUGAUGACCCCUGCGACGGGCCUGAUCAGCCGGGCAUCGCCCGGGUGGUCAUCCCCGACUACGUGGGCUUCGGCCGGAGCGACAAGCCGCCGAUCGACUUCGACGGCUCGGGCGCCACCGCCUUCGACUACAGCAUUUCAUCCCACGUCGACCAGCUGGAGGGCCUGCUGGACGCGCUGGGCCUGGGGGCCCAAAACGGGGGCCCGGAGCUGGUCCUGGUGGCCCACGACUGGGGCGGUGGGAUCGGUGCAGGCUACCUGGGCCGCCGGCCGGACAACGUGGCGGGAUUCGUUUGCCUGGAGUGCGUGAUGUUCGACCUGCCGCUGGAGGUCUGGCGGGAGGGUGCGCUGGGGGGGGUUGGGGAGGCCUUUCCGGGGUGCUGCGGUUUUUUUGACCAGCUGAGGACGGUGCAGGCGUGGAAGUACGUGUUCGAAAGGCACUGGUUCUUGGAGAUUUUCGAGAACUGGAUCGUGCGGGGGCUGAGCGACGCGGAGAGGAGGUUCUACAGCUUUCCGUUUGUGCGCCCUCGAGACAGAUGGGGCUCAUUUCACUUCCCUCAGCAGCUCGUCGUCGGAGAGGCGACCUUUCCCAACGGCACAACAAUGAGCCAGACGGAUCCCGCGCCGCCAAGUCUCGAGAGCCUGCCUGCCGGCAUGGUGGUGCCGUCCCCCUCUGGCGUGUGGCUGGAGAUGCAGAGGGGCCGCAACGCGCUGUUCAGGAGGCCUGUGCCGAAGCUCUUCUUGACUGCCGAGAACGGCAUCAUAUUUCCUCCAGGAUCUCCGUUCCUGGCGGCUUUCGUCGACGCCGCCUCCGCGUUCCCUGACAGCCUGACUGGGCCUAUUAAUGUGGGAUUGGCGGGGCACUAUGCCCAAGAAGACCAGCCCGAAAAUAUCUCCCGGGCUAUCAUGGAAUGGCACGACGCAACAUUCACAUAG